ACAGUUUUAUACGCUUGAAAAAAAAAUUAACAUUAUGUCGCUCCAAGAUCUCCACGCGAGAUUCCUGGACAACGUCGCGUCCAAAUUCAAAUUAACACCCACUCCAAUUUCAAUUCUGCCCACUGUUAUAUUCGCAACUUGCUCUUUCGCCCUGUUACAUUGGCAGUUGCAUCAACGUGGUCCCGUCUCGUCCGGAGGCUGGAAAGGUGAAGUGUUUACGGAAAUCGCAUUCCACUGCGCUUUCUUCUACACGACGAGGCUUUGGUUCGCGCUGUUGAAGUUCAUGAGGUGGUUCCUCGAUAUCUGCGACGCUUACGUCGAGGCCAACUCCUUGAGGAACGAAGUAUAUAUCAACAAAAUGUCUUUACGUUUUUGCGCCUUCACCAUUGUGCUCGGUUUAUCGUUGUUGCCGGCCAUGGCAAUAUAUGUCAAAUACGCUAAAAGCAGGGAAGUUCCGGACAUCCUCAUUUGGGUGGCCGAGGAUCCGUGGUUAAGGAGCGAAAUAGGGUCGUCGGGCCAUUACUUGGAGAGACCUCCGCCCAUGGAGGUGGCUUCGAACAGUCCGAACGCGGUUUCCUACAGAUCCAGAAGAUCGUCCAGCGUUGACGCGACGAUAUCGUUGAUGCCGAAACAAUCCGACGUGUUGAGACCGUGCAGGUCUUUGACUGAUCUCAGGGUGACCAAGUCGAUAGAAGAUGUGAUCGGUUAAAAAGACGACAGCGGAAAACAAUAUGUUUUGACGAAAAAUAAACACAAGACCCGUGUGAAGCGGAGACGUACUCGAAACAUAUGUCUUGCGGACA